GUUCCCGUUCGUGUUGGCCUACAGACCUAAUUUUUGCGUGUGGUGUGCCGUGCAUAGUUUUCCCGAAAAAAGCGGAAUAAACAAAUAGAGGCAGAAAGUUAAAGGAACUAAAUUCUUCGAGCAGUGUGGCCUGAAUCGGUCGCAACCAAAUUACUUUCGUUCAAAUGAAAAUGAAAAUGAAGCGCGCAGUGCAAUUUCGAGAACACCAUCAAUGAAAACAAAAAAAUCCACUAAAAAAACUGAAAAGCAAACUAAAAUCUAAAAAUGUGUGGCUCGUGCUGCUGGUGCCCAUUACGAUAGUGCAAGAAUUGCAAAAUUAUUGCGUACGUACGUAUGUAGUAUGUACAUACUACAUACACACACACACGUCUCUAUCAGUAUUAUAUGCACUAUAUAUGUACACACUUUGUUGUGUCAUAGAAUUGGAGCAGAGCUGCUAAAAUAAAAACAAAAUUAGUCGAGCGCCCCCUGCCAACCAGCCGCAGCAACAACACCAACAACAAUAACAGCAGCAGUAAAUGUGUGUGUAUGCGUGAAUAUACAUAAGUGCGCGUUGUUCUCGUCUGUCGUGUGCAUACGUGUGUGUGUAAUGGGGAAUUGCAAUUUGUUGUUUUUGUAGGAAGAGCUUUUCGCUUGUUGCUCGGACUCGUCUUUCUCUUCGUCUCGUCGUCGUCGUCGUUGUUGUGCAAGAAGUUUUUGUCGUCUGGCUUGGCAUAAUUGCAAUAAAUUUGCUGUUUUAACACAUAAAAGGAAGCGGCAAACGCCGCCGCCGCCAUGCAAAAACAAAUUCCAUGUGCGAAAGACAACACUGAAAGCGAAUAGCGAAUAGGCGAAGCGAAACAGAAAAAGAAAACGAAAACGAAAAAGAACGAAAUAGCAAGAGAAUUGGCGCAGCGCAAAUAACAAGAACAUACACUAGCGAUAGCAACAACAACAAAAACAGCAACAAUAAUAAUAAGCGUGAGCGCAAAUGUGUAUAUAUAUGUGGGUAUGUGAGUGUGUGCGCCGCAAGAAAAUAUGCUGAAAAAGCUUUCAACGGCGACUUCGCAGCUGCUGCUGGCGCAGGCGGAAACUGCAUUAGUGCGGAUCGCAGGGGGGAACAGGGCUGUAGGGGCAGCAUGAAUCACGCAAGUUCUUCUGCUGUGUGCGAAUAACCGUGUGAAGUGUACAAACAAAUAGAGAAGGCGAACGGGCUGACAAAAACAACAAUAGCACUUUUGCUUUCGGUCCCAACUGGUUUUACGAACGACAAACAUAAAAAGCACAGUAAACCAAGCGAGCGCCCCAAAAGUAGACGGAGUAGCAGCGUCUUCUUCUUUCUCGUGAUCGCUGUUGCUGUAGCAGCGCAUGCGCUAAGGCGCCUCUGCUAACGUGACCCAGCAGCAGCAGCAGCUGCUGUUGCUAAUUUAUAUAUAUAUGAUGAAAAGCUGGAAAAUAAGUUUUAAACAAUUGGGACGCCUACGGCAACAAGCUGCACUGCAACAGACUUUAAAACACACAUUAAAACAUCACCAAGACACUUAAGUGCAUCACGAAAGAAAAUAGAAUUAAGCAACCUAUUAUUAUGGAUAACUUUAAUGUACCUUUGUUGGCCGAGAGCAGUAGCAUAGGCAACUAUUCAACUAGUAACCACCACAACAACAAUAACGAUAGCAACAACCAUCACCAGCAGCAUUUGCAACAAUUGCUGCCGCAUCAUCACAAGGAUCAAAUGCUUGGCGCUGGCAGCACACCAAUUUUGCCAUUUGGUAGCUAUGCACAACUGCAAAAGGACUGCACACAGCCCAAUUCCAAUUCAAAUCCACCCGUUGAGAACUUUAGUUCAUUGCAAACCAUCGAUGGCAGCCAAUUGGAUGGGGCCGUGUCAUUGAGCGGCCUGUGCGAGCGCAUCUUUGCCAGUCCUAAUCCCCACAGCAACAACAACAACAAUAAUAAUCAGAACAAUAAUGUGGAUGCCAAAGUUACAGCGCCAUCUAGCGGCACCGGAGGUGGGCCGGUCAUAUUGGAAUCAGUCACAAUGCCAUCAUUUGCCAAUAUACUAUUUAACAACCGUCAUAACAACAACGAUCAGUCAACGGUCAACACUGACCAGGUAAACAGUGAUCCGGUUAUUCUGCAGAAGUCUAACUCUGUGGAGUAUCAUCAGCUGAAGCCACUGGAGAACGGAGUGGGUUCAACGGCGGUCGUAAGCACAUCCAGUUUCCUAAGCUCCACAACGGUGCAACUGCUGGACUUCGAAGUGGUGCCGAGCAGCAGUCACAAGAAUAUGGUUGUUGCCAAUAAUGGUUUGGCUGAUACAACAACUCUAACAGGAGCAGCAGCAACAACAACGUCAACAACAAGCACUGCCAAUCGUAGAUCAAUACACAGCAUCGAAGAGUUAGCGGCCAGUUCAUGUGGCGCUGCCAAAAUAUCUAACAAUAUUGAUAAUACUACAAGUACAAGUACAAAAGAACUUCAUCAGAUACAUCAGCAACAGCGACAAACACAUCAACAGCAACAUCAGCGGCAACAUCAGGCGGGCAAUUUCAGUGGCUCCAAUCUCAGCUCAGAGGAUGAGUCGAUGUCAGAUGAUGAAUUUGGUCUAGAGAUUGAUGAUCAAGGGGGCUAUCAGGAAACGAACUCAUCCCAUUCGCAGCAAAGUGCAAAUGGAGCUGGCAAUGCCGCAGCAGCUGGCAACUCUGGCCAGCUCUUAAACGGUGGCAGCAGCAGCUCGACAGGUAAUGGUUACAUGCUGUUGCCACCAGGCGCUAGUGGAACCUCAGCUGCUGCCGCUGCCCAUAUGUCCGGCAAUGUGGGCGGCAAUCCAGCCGCGGGCGUAAGUGGAACUGCUGCCGGCGGUGGUCAUCAUGGCGGCACCAGCGCCACCUCUGGCAGUGGUGAAGCGAUCGAUUUUAAGCAUCUGUUCGAGGAGCUGUGCCCCGUUUGCGGGGACAAGGUGAGCGGCUAUCACUACGGCCUGCUCACUUGCGAGUCCUGCAAGGGCUUCUUCAAGCGCACCGUUCAAAACAAAAAGGUCUACACUUGCGUAGCGGAGCGCUCCUGUCACAUCGACAAGACGCAGCGCAAACGUUGUCCAUAUUGUCGAUUCCAAAAGUGCCUGGAGGUGGGCAUGAAACUAGAGGCGGUUCGAGCGGACCGGAUGCGUGGCGGUCGCAAUAAAUUUGGACCCAUGUACAAACGGGAUCGGGCGCGAAAACUGCAAGUGAUGCGUCAGCGGCAAUUGGCGUUGCAGGCGUUGCGCAGUUCGAUGGGCACGGACAUAAAGCCGACGCCUCUCUCGCCGGGCUAUCAGCAAGCAUAUCCAAAUAUGAAUAUUAAGCAAGAAAUUCAAAUACCUCAGGUAUCCUCACUCACACAAUCGCCAGAUUCAUCACCCAGCCCCAUUGCAAUUGCCUUGGGUCAGGUGAAUGCGAGCGGGGGCGGUGUGAUAGCCACGCCGAUCAAUGCCGGCAACGGCAAUGGUGGCUCCUCACUUGGCAAUGGCAACAGCAACACCAACAACAACAACAACGGCACAGGCAGCGGAAGCGGUGGAGGAGGGGGUGGUGGUGGAGGAGGCACCAAUACUGGUGGCAACAACAACGUCACCGAUGGCCUGCAACGCAAUGGAAACAGCAGCAAUAGCAACAGCAACAGCAGCUGCCACGAAAUCGGCACUGGAUCUCUACAGAACUCAGCCGAAGCGAAAUUGUGCUUCGAUUCUGGCACACAUCCAUCGAGCACUGCAGACGCGCUUAUUGAGCCACUGAGGGUCUCACCAAUGAUACGCGAGUUUGUGCAAUCGAUCGAUGAUCGGGAAUGGCAAACGCAACUUUUUGCGCUACUGCAGAAGCAGACGUACAAUCAAGUUGAAGUGGAUCUCUUUGAGUUAAUGUGCAAAGUGCUUGAUCAGAAUCUAUUCUCACAAGUGGAUUGGGCAAGAAACACCGUCUUCUUUAAGGAUUUAAAGGUUGACGAUCAGAUGAAGCUGCUUCAGCAUUCUUGGUCCGAUAUGCUCGUGCUGGAUCAUUUGCAUCAUCGCAUUCAUAACGGUCUGCCCGAUGAGACUCAGCUGAAUAACGGUCAGGUCUUCAAUUUGAUGAGUCUUGGUCUACUGGGUGUGCCACAGCUUGGUGACUAUUUCAACGAACUGCAGAAUAAGCUGCAGGAACUGAAGUUUGAUAUGGGCGACUAUGUUUGCAUGAAAUUCCUAAUACUGCUAAAUCCAGAUGUGCGAGGCAUUGUGAACAAGAAGACCGUCUUGGAGGGUCAUGAGAAUGUUCAGGCCGCGCUGCUGGAUUAUACACUGACGUGUUAUCCCUCAGUUAAUGACAAAUUCAGGAGGCUACUGAACAUCCUUCCAGAAAUUCACGCAAUGGCCGCACGGGGAGAGGAACAUCUCUACUCAAAGCAUUGUGCUGGCAGUGCGCCCACACAGACGCUGCUCAUGGAGAUGCUGCAUGCAAAGCGGAAAGUGUAAGCAGGCAGCAAGCUUAAUCAAUUCCAGGAAAAAAAAAAUUUGAAAAAAAGAAAAGAAAACGGCAAACAAUCGCAAAAAAUAUAAAGAAAAGAAUGAAGUCUUGUUUGCCAUGCGAAGAACAUGAAUUAUACAUAUAUGAUGGAAAUAUGAAUAUUUGUAUGUAUAAGGAAGAAAGAUCAUCACUACCACCAACAACCAACUACCACAUACACACAUUUGUUGAUUCAAUGUUUAUUAUUAUUAUUAUGUUUAUGACUAGCUUUAUUUGUAUGUUUAAAUAAUUAAUUUGUCUUAAUUUAAGUUGUUUUAAUUCUUUGCCGUGUCCUCUGAUAAAGCAGUUCAAAAACAAAACUAAAGUAAAUUACGCAAAACUACCUUUCUUUAGAACAUAACACAGAUCAUAACAAAUUGAAUUAAUUAAAGAUAUAUAUAUUUGUAUAUAUAAAUAAUAUGUAAAGAAAAUUUGAGUAAUUUUAACAUUGUCCCCUACCCUCCCUCUUUCUUUAUAUGCAUGUAAGAUAUGUUAAAAUAUCUCUUACAGAUAAAACUUUUGUUAUAUGUUUUACCUGCUAUUAUUCGCGCCAAUUGUCUUACAUAGUAUUUGCGUCUACUCUAAAAAGAAAAACUAAAGCAAAGAAUAUGAUAAAUAAAAAACGUUUUAGGUGUUCAUUAAAGUAUAACUACAAAUACACAUAUACCUAUA